GCAGUUUGGAGCGCAUGGUCCCGGGGGAGGGGAGUCGGUACCGGGAUGGAUUUCCACAGUGUUCUGAAGAUGGCGGCCGCCAAGCCGGGGUCGGACGGUAUAGCGAAAAGAUACAGUCUGGCUGUGGGGCCCCCCAAAAAGGAUCCAAAGGUGAAAGGUGUGGAUUCUGCAGCGGUGCAGGCCUUCCUCAGGAAGAAAGAUGAGGAGACACGGAGAAAAGAGACUGUGGAGAAGAGGAAGAAGGAGGACCUGUUGGCCAAGCGCAAGGAGCUGAAACAUGAUAGGAAGGCCCGUGCCAUGGCCUCCAGGACAAAGGACAACUUCAAGGGCUACAAUGGGAUUCCGAUUGAAGAGAAGCCCAGAAAGCGCAAGCGCUCCGGCACGGAGGAGGAUCAGAAUGACAACAUGGCGGCCGAGGGGGAGGAGUAUAUGACAGAGGAGGAACUAUACGAAUACUCUCAGUCUGAAUCUGAGCAGGAGGAAGAGGAGGAAUUGCCCCCUCAGAAAGUACCCAAACCAGCGCCUGGAAAGAAGCCCCCAACCCCAGCGCUAAACUUCAACGACCUGCUGCGUCUCGCUGAACGGAAGCAGUAUGAGCCAGUAGAAGUGGUCCGACCCGUGAAGAAGGAGGAGCGGCUCAGAACCGCAGAGGAGCUUAAAGAGUUGGAGUUUCUAGAGAGGAAAGCCCAGAAGGCCGAUAGGAAAGAUCCAAAGAGAAAUGAGCAGCUUGUAAAAGUCAGUAAAGGUUCUGGAGACAAAUAUUCCUCACUGAAAGGAACCCAUUCCGGAAACUCAAAGUCCAGCUCCACUGAGCAGAAUGGAACCAUCAGAAAGUCCUCCAGUGAUACUGGAAGCAGAACAGAGAAGAGCGGGUCCGUAUUCCAUACCAAAGAGUCAAAGAAGCCUUCUUCUGCCAAGGACUUGGGCGGUAAAGGUUCUAGACCCAAUGUAACGGGGGACAGCAAGGAUAGGCACAGCUCUAGCCAGCCUUCUGCAGCCUCCAAUUCCGCGUUUGGGCGUCCUUCUGGUUCAGCAAGGCCAUCUGGAAGUUCUGGUCCUGGCAGACCACUUGGAGGAUCAGGUUCUAGUUCAGGGAAGUCAACGGGAGGAUCAGCUUCUGGUUCAGCAAGGUCAGUAGGAGGCUCAGGGUCUGGUUCAGGGAAGCCAAUGGGAGGAUCAGGUUCAGGGAAGCCAAUGGGAGGUUCAGGGAAGCCAAUGGGAGGUUCACAUUCUAGUCAUGGUUCAGGGAAGCCAACAGGAGGUACAGGUUCUGGUUCAGGGAAGCCAACAGGAGCAUCAGGUUCUGGUUCAGGGAAGCCAACAGGAAGUUCAGGGUCAGCAAAGUCAGAGAGAGAAUCGGGUUCUGGUUCAAGGUCAGUGAGAGAAUCAGGUUCUGGGUCUGGGUCAGCAAGGUCAGUGAGAGAAUCAGGUUCUGGGUCAGCAAGGUCAGUGAGAGAAUCUGGUUCUGGGUCAGGGUCGGCAAGGUCAGUGAGAGAAUCGGGUUCAGCAAAGCAAGCAGGAGGACCAGGUUCUGGGAGAGCCCUAGGCUCUGGUUCUAGUUUUGCCCGGCCAUCUAGCAAUUCCAGUCCGGCUCCUGGCAAGCCUGCUGCUGGUUCUGGUUCCGCCCGACCCUCUAGUUCAGGAACUCCACGCUCAAGCAGUAUGGGUCACUCCACCAGCAAUUCUUCACGUCAGCCUAGCAGCUCAGGGGCAGUGCGGCCCAGUAGUGGCCCUCCAACCGGUGCUACGCCUAAAGGCCCCUCUCCUCGACCCGGAGCUGGACCCACCUCUGUGCGGCCGAACAGCACUUCAGUCCCAGGUUCUGCUCGUUCCUCCCUUGGCUCCGGCCCUGGGCGGCCGGUGGCUGCUUCGGCAACAGGACAGUUGGCACCGGCAAAACCCAAAUGUACUGUGGUGGCUGAAACCAUCUCUUCCAAGAACUUUGUACCCAAGUCCAUCAAUGGGCAUAUGAAUGGCAUCAGAACCGCAGCGCCCCCUGGGCACAGACCUGCUAUGCGCCCACCAGGCCCCCCCUUGCCCCCCAUCACCAGCUCUUACAAACGAAGGAUCGACGAUGAUGAUGAUUAUGAUUCAGAGAUGGAUGAUUUUAUAGACGACGGGGGCGAAUGCCAGGAUGAGAUAUCCAAGCACAUUCGGGAAAUAUUCGGCUAUGACAGAACUAAGUACAGGGACGAGAGCGAUUACGCCCUGAGGUACAUGGAGAGCACCUUCCGAGAGCAGCAGAAAGAAGAGGCAAGAAGCCUGCGAUUGGGCAUCCAGGAAGACUUGGAGGAGUUGCAGCGCGAGGAGGAGGAGCUAAAGAGGAAAGCCAAGCAGUUAAAGGCAGCCAAGAAGAUGAGUCGAUAGCGAGAAAUCUGCGGGUCACCGGAGCGACCGCGUCAGGAACCUGGGGGCUCUCUCCGUCCCGCUGAGACCGUACGGCCGGAGAGCAGUCCCACGCACAAACAUACAGAUCUGGCGCAUCAUCCGCUCCUGUUUGUUUUGCACCAGCGGAUUUACUCGCACAAGAAACGGCCAUUUUUAUUUGCCGGAAUAUUCUCACAGGUCAAGGCUGGACGUGCAGGAAGCAAAAAGGACUUUAUAUUUCCUUUUAUAUGAAAUCUAUCAUUAGAGACAGCUCGUUGGAGCCAAUAAAUUAUUGACAGAG